CCUCACUCUAUCCUUCUCCAACUGCUCCAAAGUCACCAAAUCAAUAGACAAACAUGACCCUCCACCACUGGAACCCUCCAGACCAACCCAUCUGGUACUUCGCCUACGGGUCGAAUCUGGCCCACUCCAUCUUCACCGGCACCCGCAAGAUCAUCCCCCUAGCCACCAAAUCCGUCUCCAUUCCAGGCUGGACACUCGUCUUUGACAUUGGCGGUUUGCCCUACAUCGAGCCUGCAUUUGCCUCUAUCCAGCCUGGUUCUGUCCUCUCGGACGAGAAGCGGGAUGUUGAAAAGGAUGCGUCGACGAUCGCUCCGACGGUCGAAGGCGUCGCGUACCUCGUGACGCCUGCGCAAUUGCGCUCCAUCAUGGCGUCCGAGGGCGGUCUCUAUGCGUAUCGCCGGGUGGUGCUCCGUGCGUUGCCGCUAUAUCCGGCUGAUGGAGAUGCGUCUGGGAUGGCCGUCGUGACACUCGUGACGGGUGAGAGUCGUACGCCGGCUGGGGUGCCGAGUCGGCGGUAUAUGGACCUCAUCACAACCGGCUCCGGAGAACAACACCUCUCUCCCCCGUAUCAAGCCUAUCUCUCCACCCUCCCGUCGUAUCAUCCUCCAAUCAGGGAUCACUCCCCCUGGCAAUGGCUCGGAGCGCAGCUCUUUCUGCUUUUCUGGCUUCCUCUGUACAAACUCCUGCAGUGGGUGCUCGAAACGACGGCGAAUAUGGAUCCCGAGGGCCAUGCGCCGGAGGGGUUGUGUGUCCUGGUGAGGACGAUCAACGCUGUGAUGUGGUGUUGGCAUGAUCGGGUACAUUCGAGGGUUUGGGGGAGGGGGGAUGGUCUGAUCUGAUUUCUAUCAUCUGCUGUAUAUAGGAGGUUGUUGUAUAUAGUGGUUGUUGUAUCUCGGUGUCGUUGUACAUAGUGUUGGAUCUACUGGUCCGUGUUGGUUGGAGUCAUCUACACCGCAUGCCUGAUAAGCUACAGUGGAGCACGAUAGCCCCAGACAGUUCUACUCGUGGAUCGACCAUUACGCAGUGGAUAGCUCCACCAUUCAGCCUGCCUGCUAUCCAACUAAUAGAUAGAUCCAGGGCAGUCAAAUCCAGCAACGUUUCGAUUGAUAAUUGAAACCAGGGCGGAUUGUCUCCGCACGCCACGUGACCCC